GCCGGCCAAAAGAAUACAUUGCAAAACUACUGCGUCCUGGCCCAAGAUGAGAUUACAUGCAACACAUAUGAGACUACAAUAUGGUACCCAAAAGAAUGCUACUCUUCUACCGGCGAAUGGCCAUCCGUUGAUUCUGGUCGUUGCCAGUUGGGGUCGUACCGUGGUGGCAACAACUCAAUGUUGGGUCCAGCGGAUCCGGAAUCUUCCUCUUGAACGACCGAAACCUGUUGCGCUCGAGCUCUACUUGAGCUGCCGGGCCUCGAGCUCAGGCUUGCUGACGUGUCUGUCUUGGCAGAGCCAAGUCGCAGAUUACUCAAGGAAGACCGCAAACGAGAAGUCGGUGAUGACGUAUCCGUUGUACGUAUCGUCGGUCUCGCGGAUGCCUCGGGGGAAGACCAAGCGCUCAAUGACGCGUUAUGCAAAGCUUGGUCCUCGAACAGCGCAGCUUGCUUAUCCCUAUAUCUUGAGAAAUCUUCAAGCUCUGGGACAGAGUCCGAGUGAUCAUCCGCUGUCUUGUCAGUGACCGCAAGUUCUCAAGACACUCACCUAAGGAGGGUACACAGUCCACGGGUGUGACCGGCUCCGAUGAUACCCCCAGCUCCAUCGUCGAGAAAUUGACGGGUCUGGAUGUGGUCAGAUUGUCUCAUGUUAGAGCACGUACUUGACUAAAGCUACUUGGCGCGACCGACGACGACGAACCAGCCAGAAGACC